AUGUUGAAAGAAGCCUCAGCUAGGUUGCGAGAGGCUAUUAUCGAAGGGAACUUACUCAUAGUGAAAAGGCUAUUGCGACGGUAUCCGGAUUUGCUGACCAAUAUCGACUCAGAGAAUGGAUGGAGUUCACUGCACUACGCCUCGUACCAUGGAAGGUACCUGAUAUGCGUGUACUUGAUACAGUUGGGCCACGACAAGCACGAGCUGAUCAAAACGUUCAAGGGGAACACGUGCGUGCAUCUGGCAUUGAUGAGGGGACACGAACAAACGCUGCAUCUCCUUCUACAGCAAUUUCCGCAGUUUAUCAACCACCGCGGGGAGAAUGGCAGGGCCCCCAUCCAUAUAGCGUGCAUGAAAAACUACUACCAGUGCCUGAGUCUAUUGAUAGGGGUCGGGGCCGAUCUCUGGGUCAUGGAUACCAACGGCGACACGCCGCUGCAUGUAUGCCUGGAGUACGGCAGUUUGAAUUGCAUGAAGAUGCUCGUCAACGAGGGCGAGGUGUCGUUGGACGACAACGUCAAGGACAAGGGUAACUGGAAGCCGCUUGAUGUGGCGCAGACGUUCGAAGUGGGGAAUGUAUAUUCAAAAGUGUUAAAAGACGUGAAGAAGAAGGGGGUACCGCUGGGCACCGGCAAGAAACCCAGUUCGUUCAGGACUCCCAUCUUGGGCGCGAAAGCCGCUUUCGAAGACGGACCUUCUCCAGUGCUAAGCAUGAACUCACCGUAUUCGCUCUAUUCUAACAACAGCCCGCUCCCGGCACUACCAAGAGGAAUAUCGACGCACAAUGCGAGCGUCACUGGAGGGACCAACCGCAGAAGUUCCAUCCAAAAUCCUGUGUUCAACCCGCGCAAGCCGUCUUUGUCCACGGACAGUUUCUCGUCAGGCUCCAAUUCCAGCCCGAGGGCCAGAGUGAACAGCAAGAGCACGGCGGGAGGGUCACCCAUGAAGGAGCAGGUACCGGAGUUGCUGCGACACAGUGUAACGCCGACGAGCCCGCACAACAACAUUGCGCUGAUCAACAGGUACUUGCUGCCAAACAAAAGCAACGAGAACUUACGUAUAGACCCGCAGGUGCAAGCGAAUAACGACAAGACCAGCGGCGGCUGCGGCGCCGCCGCCGCAGCCACCACCACAGGAAUAGGACUCAGAAAGGACUCCGACGACGAGAACGAGAACCAGAAUGACAAUGAGAACAAUAGCGAGGUGACCCGCGCCGAGCCCCGAAGACGCGUGUCAUUGCUGAACAUACCUAUCUCGAAACUGAGAAAUAGCAGCGCAGGCAGCAUAGAAGAGCGCUAA